UUUUGAUUUAGAUAUCUAGAAGACUGGAAACAUCUUGCUCUAACUCUCAACAAAAUGAGAGCUGCGGAAGCAACUAAAUCAACUUAAAUCUCAUGGGCCCGAGGACACAACAAUCGAACCAGAGUCUGAUGAGUCUGAAAUGGUUGAGCUGGAGGACCCAACAGAAGCUUACAUAAGAGAUCUUCUUGUUUCUUCUGGCUUGUAUGAUGGAUCAUCUGAUACAUCCUUUUUCAGAUGGGACACGUUUGCAAAGCCAAUCAGUAACUCCGUGUUUGAAGAAGUGGAAGAAUCUUAUAGAAAAUCGGCCAAGGAUGACAAUGAGAAGGUAGAUCACAAGCUGCUACUUGAUUUAUUAAAUCAAACACUUUCAACUAUUCUUGGACCACUUUCGAUCAUGUCUACAUUCAAAAGAAAAAUGAUUCAUUCCUCUAUCCUCCCGACUUUGCGUGGAAGGAGGUUAUUGGAUCGUGUGUGGGAGAUUAUCCGUGUGUAUUUACACCAUUCAACGGACAAAUCUCUUUCCUCUCUUGAUAGUAUGGUGACCCAGGAUCUGGGAUCAACCCCUUGGUCUGUUCUGAUGGAUGAUGAGAUUAAUGUUUUGGGAAGAGAGAUGGAAUUUCAUAUAAUUGGAGAUUUGGUUGAGGAAAUUGUGAAGGACAUGAAACUAUAAUCAUGUGGGUCAUGUCUCAUUCCACAGGCACAGCUUCUUCUUUUUUUUAUGGGAAUAGCCGUGUAAAUUUGGAAUUGCAGUAUCUGCAUGCUUACAUGGAUAUCAAAGCCAAAGGUCACCAUGUUUGCUUAAUACAGUUAGGUGUUAAACUUAAAGUGGAAGAUUGAAAGUGCAUGUAUAUAUGUUCUUUGUCCAUGUUCAUGAUGUAGGUAUUGGGUUGAGUCAAUACGUAAUGU